GCUACUGGGAGGAAGGCAGCUAGCUAGAAGGCUAGAAGGGAAGUAAGUCUGGCUGCUUAGUCACGUAUUUCUGUGGUUGCGAAAAGGAAGCUCUAAUCAAUCUAUGUUGUUCUGACUGGAUGGUGUAAAUAUUCAGUAGAGAAAGGUGAUAUGAAAAAGGUGCAAUCGUACUCUCUUACGAGGAGUUAUGGGACCAGGUAUGAAAGACUGUCCCUUAUUACUGCCCAGAGGGACACAGAAAAAGGAAAGCCAGACUUAUGAAACACGUCAGAGAAUGGUAACUUCCAACAGUGGAACAUCCCUUCCAAAUAUAAAAGGAAUAAAGAAACCAUUUCCUCAGCUGACAUCAUCUUCCAGCAGAUUGAGUAAGAAUAUCUCCAGCACUACAGAAAAGACAUCUCAUAGCAACCUAGACGAUGUUCAGUCACGGAGUUUUUACAAGAAAGGGAGUAGGAUGAAUGAGGCUUGCCAGAAAAGCAGCAGUAUGAAUGUUGGCCCACCUCUGAAUAGAGCAAAGGGUUCAAAGAAGAAGGAUCCCUUAGAAAAAAGACGAGUAAAUCUCAAUUACCCUCUCAUUCCUUCCCAGUUGAAAAGCAGUAUUAUAGAUAUCUCCCAAAGGACUGAGGAUGAACUUAAAGCAAGUAGUUAUACAGAAGGAGACCCUAAAAGGAAUAUUCCAGUAUCUGUUGCUGAAGCUGCUCCAUUUGGUUCCAGAUUUCCAGAGCCUUCAAUGGGCAAAUUAUUUCUUGACUUUCAGUCAUUGAGUAUUAUUAAAGAAGAUGCUGAUGAGGACAGUGCCAGUGAUCUUUCUGAUUCUGAAAGAAUUCCUAUUCCACCUUCUCCUUUUACACCACCAGAACUUAAUCUUAGAGCUGAAGAAAUUGAUCCAGUUUGUUUUGAUCCUCAUGCUGAUCAAGGCUCUGAGCAGACUGAAUAUUACUAUCCUGACUUCCUUCCACCCCCUUUUAACUCCUGGGAUUUAAAUAAUAUAGCUUCAUCCACAAGCACAGAACACAAAAAUGAGCACCUCUCACAGACAAUAGAGUCUCUUGGGAAGUAUAUUGAUAGACUUGUUCAACUAGAAUGGCUACAAAUGCAAACCGUACAAAGUGAAAAAAUAAAACUAGUCAAAGCAAGACCUCAGACUGCUCCUGGUACCUUAUGGACUGCAAAGAGCCCUGGGAAAAGUAAGCUAUUUCCAAAUACUUUGUCUAGCAGGAUGUUAACACAUCCUGAAGGGUUUACAAAGUUUACCCCUGGCCAGGCAGUUCAUCUUCGCAAGAGGGAAGUUCAAUGUGAAGAAGCCCACCCAUCAUAUUAUGUAUUCCAGAGUUCUCCCAAAACUAUUUAUGCAGUUAGUAGCAGGUCGUGUCCCCAGAAGCAAAACUAUGAAAUGAGAAUGAAGGAAAAGAAGAAGAAACCAAAUGAAGGUGCCAAGCAGCAACUUCUGGAAUUGCCAUGCAGUGACAGUAGUUCUAAGAUUCAGGCUAGUGGUAAUAUUAGAAUUCCCAAACAACCACAGAUGCUUCUUUCCUCAGUUGAGCAUCUUAAGCCCCUCAAAGCACCCAUCCGUCCAAAUCCUAAGAGAAAUGGAAGUGCAAAUAACUAUGGACCUGCCAAUAAAUCCACAGCAGGGAGAGAACUCAAAACUAACGGAGGGAAGCAAGCCUCCUAUAUGUUCAAGUAAUUUUGCUUUAAAUGGAUAAAUUAUAAAGGUCAUCCAGAGAGCUAAAUAUUAAUAUGCCUUCUGAUGAACAAGACUGUGACUUCUUAUUAAAUGGGAACAUCUGUAGGAAAUUUGUUUACUUGACAUUUCAGUGGCGUGUAUUUUUUUCAUCCUGUGCCAACAGUGUCAUCUCAGAAGUGUCUUUUAAUGAACCUUUUUCUAUAUUAUUAAUCUUAGGCUGACAAUGAGAACCCUUUAGGUAAAAAUACACUCUCUUGCUUGAGAAGAUAUGGUAAGUGCCAUAUUGAAUGAGCAAGACUGAAUUCUUUUUCCUGGAGAAGAGCCAACUAAGUUUCUGGAAUAGUCAGCUAGCCCAGAUUUAACUAUGCAGAAUGGAUAGAGUGUUAUUCUCUCUCCUGAUUUCCCUUGCAACAUAAGUCAUAUGCUAUUUAAAAUGGUGUUUGGAUUAGAGAAGUUAGAUAGUAAAAGACUUUUCUUUACAUUCCUUCUCUCUCACUUGCCUUUGCAUUAGCCAUAUAAGCAAUAGGAUCAGCUUCAUUUCACGCUCUAAGAGAGCGCUUCAGUUUGUCCUCAGGGUUAUGGAAUAUGGAGUUUCUAUUUUGAGCUAAGUUAUUUAUCACUAAAUUGCUUUCUCUUAAAAUCUAUGAAUUCUGGUGUUUUAAUACUUUCUCUCUUAACAGUCCAACAUGGGAAGUAAGUGUGUUAUACUGAGGACUGUUAGAUCCUUUUUUGAGAACUUUAAAACUUGGUUUAAAAUAAAACCAGUUUCUAAAUGUAUGUAUUUCACAGAACUUUUUUUUUCUAGCCGAAAAUUGUUUAAAUAUUAUUUUACUUUGGGAUGAAACAGUUGGUAUACUAGAAAUUUCUGAUAAGUCAGAUUGUCUCAGAAGGGAGACGUCAUGGGGAAAAUACUUUUAGGAUUUGAAAUUGCAAUGACAGUAGUGUAAUAAAUCAACAUGGAACCACAUUGAAUGUGGCAGACCUUAAGUUACAGGUCUGACAGCUGGAUUCUGCAGAACUUUCUUCAGUAUAACUUAUUAAAGACAAGCACACUACUGUCCUGUUUGGAUUACAAAAGCACAAUUAUAUUUAGGGGGAAAGGGAAAGAGAAAGGGAGGUCAACUGAAGGAGUGGGUGGGCUAGGGGAAGUAGGCCAUGGGGAAGCCUACUUCUGACACCACUAGCUCUUCUCAUAGGGCACCCAGCUUGUCCUGCCUGUCCCUGUGUGAAUUGUGAUUAACAACACUUAUUUAUACUUCUAGUUGUAUUAUUCAGCUUAUUGUUAAUUUUCAUAUGCUUCAAAAUUCUUGGUUGCUUACUCCUGGAAAAAUAGUAUACUUUUAUGACUGUUUAUUUCAGUAAUUUAAAUGGUUAAUCUAUUUUAUCAUAUUUUUUUCUCCUCUUUAAUCUUUUAUCUGAUCAAGUUGAUUGGGAACUUGCACUGUGAAAGCCAAAUACAAAGACUUCCUUGAUGCUUCCUGAAUCUUUCCUGUAGGUUAAAUGUCAUAUAAAGGAUCACAUAUAUUUAUAACAAAAAUAAUGUGCCAAUAUUAAAUUUUAAGAUUACUUUAAGAAUGUGAUUUAACCAUCCUAAAAUGUAUUUUGAGGAUAUAUAUUUUUUUUUAAUUGAAGCACCUUCUCAGGUUCCUCUUCUUAAACUCUUUAUUCUUCUUAUCAACUGGAUAGAGAAGCACUCCCUUCUUAUCUAAUAAUUCCUGUAUCUAUUUUGUCCAAAAAAGAAAAAAUAAAGUUGUACAUAUGCUAAGUCCUCCUUCUAACAUUCGCAAACCCCAAACAUACUAUGUUAGCUUUUGCACUAGUGUAUGCAUAAUACAUGGAAAAUGUAUUGCAUGAAUUGCCUGCAUUUAAUGCUGUUCACAUGUAGGAUUCUAAGCAUAUGUGCACCUUUAUGCCAUGCAUCCUUCUCUGGCACUACUGCUUAUCUAUGUACAGUUCAAUACCCUAAAAAACAGUUUUCUGUAUAUAAACUUGCAACUUUAAGGACUAUAACCUGUUAUCAUUUUUGCUCAGUUUUGGAGUGUUACUUUAUGUUCUUUGCUAGAGGCAUGUGGUACUUUACUGCGUGGUAUAACUAUAAAAUCUCGGCAAGCAUGCUACAAUAAAGACUGCUUGCAAUGAAACUAAAUGACUAAAAUUGAGUUGCCACCUUUCCUACUAGUGCAUGCCUUGGGUUUUGGUUUUGAGAGUGUGUAUUAUUUUGAAUGCAGAUUCUUACCUGAUCUUCACUCAGUUUAUGCACUUGAGCUGCUGCUCAUCAAUGACCAAAAGUCUGUUUAUGCAAACACAUCUAUUUCCAGCUUACUUAAUUGAGAGCUACUGCUUUUCAGAAAAGAAAAAUGUAAAUGGAAAGGGGAGAAAUAUUAAUUUACCAAAACAUCACUUUGGAGGUUGGAAAAGGGAUAGGUUUACUUACCUUUGUGUUUUCCCCUCAGAUUGCUUUGACUUUCCAUAACAUUUUGAUAUACUAAGAUCCCCUGGUGAAUAGGCUUUUUUCUCUUUUUAUCCCACCAUGGUUGAUAACAAAGUUGUCCCAACAAAUAAAAUGCCAAUUCAUUGAUUUAAGAUGAUAAGGCAAAUCAUAGAUGUUUGCUCUGAUAUAUGUAUCAUAUUGUAUUAGAUACCCUAGGUAAGUUGAGAUGCUUCCCUUUAUGUAUAUGAAUAUACUUGGGAAGUACAGUAGUUAACUCCUAAAUUUUAUCAGAAUAUCAUCCAGUUCCCUGGAUUUGUUUCUUCUAGUGUACUUAACCCAAGAAAUAUAUCACAUUUUAGGGAGUGGUUUUUGCAAUUGUAGGAGCUGGCCUGAUGUCACUUAGAUUAUUCAAAUUGCUAUCCAGCAUGAGCAACAAGCUUAGGUUAAUGAAAACUGCAGUAGCACUGGAGUAUGUUACAAAAGACACCAAUAAUUAGCUAGCAUUUAUUUAUUUGGAAGCAUUCUCUUUAUUGUUGAAUUAAACUUAGACCUGAAAAAUGAAAAGAAAAAAAAAGCCAGUGGCUAACAACUCAGUAUAGUACAAUACUAGUGAUAACAACUGAAAUUUUUAGCUUGAAAAAACUACAUUCAGUUGUCUUUUAAGAUGUUUCAAGAAGUUUUCUAAGAUUAAAUUUUGAAUAGCAAGGUAACAAGGUUAAGCAGACUUUUGUACAAUAAGACGAUCCCACUAUCACUAGAGAGCUACCCAACAUCUGCCAUGAAAAUGUCAUCCAGAGAGUUUGGAGCUGCAGAACCAAAUUGAGAAUGACAUAUAAUUGAGUAACUGUGACACUUGGCAGCAUAAUAGCCAAUGGAAAGAUGUCAUUGGUUGUAUGAUAGCUUGAGGGAAGAAAAUUUAUGAUAGUUCUUGAGCCUGUUGUUUUAAGUAGCAAGAAAGACACAAGAAUUUCCAUGGAUAUUAAUUUUCCCUGAUAAUUUUUAUUAAUGUCUUAAUUUUCCUUAUGCACAUAUUAACUCUGAAAUUACAUGUGUAUAGCUAUUAGAGAUACAUUCCUAGAAAAUAAGAGAAGCAGUGCUUCUUGUUAAGGAACAAUUGUGCAGGACACUAUCCAACAACAUGAAAACACUCAGCAUGCUUGGAUUAUUUACUGUUAUAAUUGUUGUAUGCUUGCCUUUGCAUAUAAGAUUGAAUAAAAUCAAUAGUAUAUAUGA